UCCGACGAGGUGGUUGUGUAUUUUCGGCUUUGUUUUGCUAUCAAGUUUUGGGUAACUUGAUUUUGCUGACGUUUUGUGCGACACAACGACGAAAACAGCUUCUACAGCUACAGCUCAGGGCACAAACAGUUCAUGUGUUUCUUGUUUUUUAUGAACUAUUCACUCUGUUUAUUAAUUUUAAACAAUUUAUAUUAUCGUCGUCAUAUCAGCAAAAAACAACGAUAUGUGUGAAGAAAACAAAAAUUGAUAUUAAAUUGAUAUUAAAGUGAAAUGAAUUGAAUUGAGUUGAGUUGAAUCAAACGCUACAAUAUUAUGAGAAAAAGCGAUACUUGCACGUUAUUAAGCGUCAGUGAAGCGAUACAUUGGCGAGAGUGUGCAUCAUGGCAGCGUACAUAGCCGCAUUGGAUGUGGGCACCACAACUGUGCGGUGCUUCAUAAUAAAAUCAUGUAAUGGAAGUCUUGAUAUACAGGGAUCAGCUUCGGAAUUAGUAACGUUAAUAAAUCCUCAGCCCGGUUAUUUUGAAAUUGAACCGGAAACGCUUUGGCUGCAAAUCGUUAGAGUUAUAAAUGGCGCUGUAAAAGAUGCUCAGUUGAAACCUUCACAGAUUACUUGCUUAACCUUAUCAACCCAACGAUGUACAUUUUUGACAUGGAAUCAUCGUACUAAAGAAUAUUAUCACAAUUUUAUAACAUGGAAGGAUUUACGUUCGGAUACGUUAGUAGAUCAAUGGAAUUCAGGACUUAAGCUGCAAACCAUGAAUAAAAUUUCAUAUGGCCUAUAUCUUAUAACACGUAGUAAAAGAUUUUUAGCUGGUAGUGUGCUAAAAAUGAUGAAUGGUCAGGUCACUUUACGUUUAUUGUAUGAAAUCGAAAAUAAUAUUCGAUUGCAACAAGCUUUAAAACAGAAGACUGCACGAGUUGAGCUCUUAGAUUCUUGGAUUUUAUAUAAACUGCGAUCGGGAAAUGGUUUAGAUUGCAAUGUUGAGCAUAUAACUGACAUUACUUCAUGUACUGCAACUGGUUUAUUUGAUCCAUUUACACUAAGUUGGUCUUCAAUGAUUAAACUUGUAUUCGGAAUAGAUGUUACUUUGCUGCCCAAAAUUGUUGAUAAUGCUUAUAAGCAUUUUGGCAACGUUCAUCCCGCAGCCUUAGGAGCAGAUUGGCAAAAUACCGAAAUACCUAUUUCUAGCUCAAUAAGUGAUCAAACGGCUUCAAUAUGGGGCUCUCAGUGUUUUGAAGAAGGAGAUGUUAAAAUAACAAUAGGCACAGGAGCUUUCCUUAACACUAUAACUGGUAAAAGUUGUCACGCGUCAAUUAUGGGAUUAUAUCCUCUUGUGGCGUGGCAAUUUAGAAGAAAAAUGUCUCAUACGUUACUGCCAAACACAAUAUUUUGUGUAGAAGGUGCUGCUCAUGAUAUGGGAACUGUUAUUAGUUGGGCGCAAGCUUGUGGUCUUUUUACUGAUCCAUUCGAGACAGCUGCUAUCGCUGAAUCUGUAGAAGAUACAUGCGAUGUAUUUUUUAUACCCGCCUUUAGCGGUUUAGGUCCACCCAUUAAUGAUCAUAAAGCUACAUCUGGUUUUAUAGGAAUAACUCCAUCUACAAAACGUGCUCAUUUAGUUCGUGCAGUUUUAGAAAGUAUUGUAUUUCGUUUAGUGCAAUUAUGUGAAACCACUGAAAAAGAAACAAAAUACAAAAUAAAACUCUUAAGAGUCGAUGGAGGUGUGUCACGCAAUAAUUUUGUAUGCCAAUUUUUAGCCGAUGCAAGCGGAAAAAAAGUCGAAAGGUCUCAAAAUGCUGAAUCAAGUAUUAUGGGUGCCACUUAUAUGGCUGGACUUAAUUAUGGAUUGUGGGAUGAUUUAGAGAGUAUACGAAAAUUUCGUAAAAUUGAUCGUAUAUUUGAACCCGACAUAAACAAAUAUAUUAGUAUAAAGCGGAGAAUUUCUGUAUGGAAUAAAGCAAUAGAAAGGUUUGGGAAUUGGUAUUAAGAUUGGUUUUUAAAUAAUGGUUGUUAAAUCUUAUUAAUUAGAAAAAAGACAAAUCUUGCUCAAAGCAUAAAA